GAAAAUAAAAAUAUAUAUUUAUAAAAAAAAUAUAUAUAUACAUAUAUAUAAUUUUUAAAUAUAUAAAAUGUAAGUACAAGUUUAAGGUUUUUAACCAUUAUAUGACUAUUUGAUUAAAAUAGUUUUAGUAGGUGAUUCAGGAGUAGGAAAAAGCAAUAUUUUAAGUAGGUUUACUAGAGAUCAAUUUUAAAUAGAUAAUUGUUCUACAAUAGGAGUGGAAUUUGGAUAACGUAUAAUAACAACAGAAAAUAAAAUAAUAUAGACAUAAAUAUGGGAUACAGCAGGAACUGAAAAAUUUCAAUCUAUAACAUAAUAGUUUUUUAGAGGUGCUUUAGGAGUACUUUUAAUAUAUGAUAUUACAAAACAAGCAUCAUUUUAACAAUGUGAAAAACUUUUUUAAUAAAUAAAAGAUAAUGUUGAAGAUCAUACUCAAAUAUUAUUAGUAGGAAAUAAAACCGAUAUUUCAAAUUUAAGAACAGUAAGUAAAUAAGAAGGAUUAGAAUUCGCUAAAACGCAUAAAAUAUAAUUUAUUGAAGUUAGCGCUUUAGAAAAUAUCAAUAUUGACUAAGCAUUUAUGAUUGUUGUUUAAUAAAUAUAUGAACUAUGUUAAAAAAGUUAUGUAACUGUAGAAACAGAUAAAAAAAUUUAAUUAAAAGAUAAUGUCGACAAAAUAAAAAUAGCACAUUGUUGCACUAAUGGAGUUUCAUGAUAUAUUUUUGUUUGUUUGAAUUUUAAAUAUUCAUACUAUAG